AAGGAGCAGACGGAGGAGACGUGAAGUCUGAGGCUGGUGAGUGUUCAGGAACAUUUAUAUUAUUCAUUCAUAUUAUUUCACUGUCAGUGUUUUUCACUGGAUCCAGAGACAGAUGUGAACAGCAGGUCUGGAUCAAAGAGCCUUCAAAGGACUAAUUAACAGAGUUAACUCACAGCUUCACUUUUUAUCUUCAUCUGUUCAUCAAGUGUUUAAUAACACAACGUGUUUUCACAAUCAUACGUUACAGUCACCUGUGUGUGCGUGUGUGUGUGUGUGUGUGUGUGUGUGUGUGUGUGUGUGUCCUUGCUGGGAAUUUUUGGGUGCGGUUCUUGAACUUGUUUGUCCUGAUUCCUGUGAGCUCAGGAAAACCGGAAGUGACGCAAUUCGCUUACCUUAGAGCGAGAUAGAUAGAGAGAGAGAGAGAGAGAGAGAGAGAGAGAGAGACUAUGAAGCCCUGCAUCUACUUAUUGAUUUAAUCGACAGAAACGCUGCAGUGCUUUUAUUUUGAAAUAGGUAGUCUACAGGAAGUGUUGCAAAUAUUUGUGUUUGUGAUGUUUUCAACAGAUAAACAUUGAAACUGGUGUGAAAGAUCAUUUCACUGUGUUCUGCUGUAAACUGAGCAAAGAACCAGAAGGAAAUAGACCAGACCUUGAAUAUCUAGAAGAGCAGCGUGGCCUGAACCACAACUGAGCCGCAGCCGGUGCAACAUGGACGAGGACACUUCAGAGCAAGUUGGACCCUCAACCACAAAAGGUCAGGACCACAGACUGAGAGCAGAGUCUCCAGGGUCCAGCUGUCUGUCUCUGAAGAGUGACUGGUCCAUGGAUCCUCCUCUAUGCUUCAGUAAAGAACCUGGACCCUCACACACAGAGGAGAGGAAGAGGAGUCAUGUUUCUGAGGAGGAGCAGUCGUCCUGCUGUGCUUCGUGUCAGGACGUCCUGAAGGAUCCAGUCUCCACCAGCUGUGGACACUGGUUCUGCAGACAGUGCAUCACCUCAUACUGGGACCAGUCUGGUUCUUCAGGAGACUCCUCCUGUCCCCAGUGUGGACAAAGAUCCAGAACAGGAGCUGGAGGUCAGACAGCCGAUCGUGGUCUGCAGGAGGUUUCAGAUGAACAUAAGCUCAGUCUGAGGAGGAGAUGUGAACAUGUGACUGAAGGAAGUGAUGAAACAGGAAGUAGAACCCUCCUCAACAGGAUCUACACUGAGCUCCACAUCACAGAGGGACAGAGUGAAGAGGUUAAUACUCAACAUGAGGUGAGGCAGCUUGAGACGGCUUCCAAGAAGAAGAUCCUCCAGGACACUCCCAUCAAGGUCCAGGACAUCUUUAAAGCCUCCACUGACCAGCAGAGCAGCAUCAGAGUCGUCCUGACCAACGGAGUCGCUGGCGUUGGAAAAACCUUCUCGGUGCAGAAGUUCACUCUGGACUGGGCAGAGGGUUCAGAGAACCAGGAUGUGGGUCUGCUGGCUGUGCUUUCGUUCAGGGAGCUGAACCUGGUGAAGGACCAGCAGCACAGUCUUCUCACGCUGCUCCAUGUUUUCCAUCCAGAGUUACAGAAGCUCACGGCAGAGACGCUCGCUGUCUGUAAACCUUUGUUCAUCUUUGACGGCCUGGAUGAAAGCAGACCUUCUCUGGACUUCAACCACAGGGAGCUUGUGUCUGAGGUCACACAGAGGUCAUCAGUCAACCUGCUGCUGACAAACCUCAUCCGGGGGAAUCUGCUUCCCUCGGCUCUCGUCUGGAUAACCUCCAGACCUGCGGCGGCCAAUCAGAUCCCUCCUGCAUGUGUUGACAGGGUCACAGAAGUACGAGGCUUCACUGAGGCCCAGAAGGAGGAGUACUUCAGGAGGAGGUUCAGUGAUGAAGAGCUGUGCAGCAGAAUCAUCUCACACAUCAAGACGUCCAGGAGCCUCCACAUCAUGUGUCAAAUCCCAGUCUUCUGCUGGAUCAGUGCUACAGUUCUGGAGCACAUGUUGACCACAGACCAGAGAGGAGAGCUGCCCAAGACCCUGACUGACCUGUACUCACAUUUCCUGCUGGUUCAGACAAAGAGGAAGAACAACAAGUACGGUGAGGGACAUGAGACGAGUCCACAGCAGCUGACGGAGGCUGACAGGGACGUUCUCCUGAAGCUGGGGAGGCUGGCACUUAAACAUCUGGAGGAAGGAAACAUCAUGUUCUACCAAGAAGACCUGGAGCGGUGUGGUCUUAAUGUCACAGAGGCCUCGGUGUUCUCAGGAGUUUGUACUGAGAUCUUCAGAAGAGAGUGUGUGAUCUUCCAGAAAUCAGUCUACUGCUUUGUUCAUCUGAGCGUUCAGGAGUUUCUGGCUGCAGUCUACAUGUUCCACUGUUACACCAAGAGGAACACAGAAGAACUCAACAACUUCUUGGGAACAGAUGAGGACACAGACAGAACCUUCUCCCUUGAUGACCUCCUGAAGAGAACCAUGAAGAAAUCCCUCUGGAGUACAAAUGGUCAUCUGGACCUGUUUGUUCGCUUCCUUCACGGCCUCAGUCUGGAGUCCAACCAGAGAGUCUUAGGAGGCCUGCUGGGUCAGAGAGGGAACAAUCCAGAGAUCAUCCAGAGAGUCAUCAACAACCUGAAGGAGAUGAAGAGUGGUAACAUGUCUCCUGACAGAAGCAUCAACAUCUUCCACUGUCUGACUGAGAUGAACGACCACUCAGUUCAUCAGCAGAUGAAACAGUUCCUGACGUCAGAGAACAGAUCAGAGGAGGAACUCUCUGAGAUCCACUGCUCAGCUCUGGCCUACAUGCUGCAGAUGUCAGAGGAGGUUCUGGAUGAGUUGGACCUGAAGAAGUUCAACACAUCAGACCAGGGUCGACUGAGACUGAUCCCAGCUGUGAGGAACUGCAGGCAGGCUCGACUCAGUGGUUGUGAACUCUCAGAGACUCACUGUGAAGUCGUGGUCUCAGCUCUGAAGUCAGACCCCUCACAUCUGAGAGAACUGGAUCUGAGUAGGAACAACCUGCAGGAUUCAGGAGUGAAGGAGCUGUGUUCUGGACUGGAGAGUCCAAACUGUCGACUGGAGACUCUGAGGUUGUAUCAGUGCAGUCUGACAGAGAUCAGCUGUUCUUCUCUGGGUUCAGCUCUGAGGUCAAACCCCUCUCAUCUGAGAGAACUGGAUCUGAGCUACAACAAGCUGCAGGACUCAGGAGUGAAGGAGCUGUGUGGUUUUCUACAGAGUCCAACCUGUCGACUGGAGACUCUGAGGUUGAUGGGCUGCAGUCUGUCAGAGAUCAGCUGUUCUUCUCUGGCUUCAGCUCUGAGGUCAAACCCCUCUCAUCUCAGAGAACUGGAUCUGAGUAACAACAACCUGCAGGAUUCAGGAGUGAAGCUGCUGUGUUCUGGACUGGAGAGUCCAAACUGUCGACUGGAGACUCUGAGGUUGAUGGGCUGCAGUCUGUCAGAGAUCAGCUGUUCUUCUCUGGCUUCAGCUCUGAGGUCAAACCCCUCUCAUCUCAGAGAACUGGAUCUGAGUAACAACAACCUGCAGGAUUCAGGAGUGAAGCUGCUGUGUUCUGGACUGGAGAGUCCAAACUGUCGACUGGAGACUCUGAGGUUGAGGAGAUGCAGUCUGUCAGAGAUCAGCUGUUCUACUCUGGCUUCAGCUCUGAGGUCAAACCCCUCUCAUCUGAGAGAACUGGAUCUGAGUCUAAACAACGACCUGCAGGACUCAGGAGUGAAGGAGCUGUGUGGUUUUCUACAGAGUCCAACCUGUCGACUGGAGACUCUGAGGUUGAUGAGCUGCAGUCUGUCAGAGAUCAGCUGUUCUUCUCUGGCUUCAGCUCUGAGGUCAAACCCCUCUCAUCUGAGAGAACUGGAUCUGAGAGGAAACAACCUGCAGGACUCAGGAGUGAAGGAGCUGCUUGAUCUACAGCAGAGUCCAACCUGUCGACUGGAGACUCUGAGGUGGAGCUGAGUGUGAAGAGGACAGUGUGUGUGGACGGAGGCUGAGCUGUGUCCUGAGGAUCCAGAGGCUGAAGCAGCAGCAGCUUGUGUGUAGUCUCCAAUCUACACAACCCCUAACCUGCAUGUGUUUGUGAGAUGAAGCCGGAGCACCUGGAGAAAACACGGGGAGAACAUGCAGACUCCACACAGGAAGACCCCAUCUGAACCGGAUUCAAACCAGCAACCUUCCUGCCCUGAUUGUCUUUAUUCACAUGUUUUAUUGAAAUGACACAACACAAGCAGAAUAUAUAAACCCUCUAUAAAGAGUCACAUACAGUGUGUUUAAGUUUGUCUUUAUUAUUGUCCACCUUUGUCCCUCAGUGUGUCUCCAUGUGUGUAGAACCACAUUCUGUGUAGAUGUUUGUUUAUGAUCUUAAAGUUCCAAAGAAGGAAGGCUGCCGUGUCUCGAGCUCUCACACAGCUCUGCUCUUUUUUCUAUCUUGUUAUUUAUUCUUCUUUAUUUUGCAUUGUGCACUCCGACAAAGCGAGGCCUAUCAUCAUAUAUGAUAGAGAACAACUUUGUCACCAGUGAUGACCUGGACCCACCACACAGACUCCAUCAGGAGGACGGCCAGGUAGAGGCUCCUCUUCCUCCGCAGGCUGUGGAGGCUCCACAUGGACUCCAGGAUUCAGGUGCACCACAGAGAGCAUCCUGACUGGCUGCAUCACCGACCUGAACCGUGAGGCUCCACAGAGGGUUAGGGUCACAUCACCAGGACGGAGCUCCAUCCAUAGAGGACCUCUACACCCGGAGGUGCAGGAAGAAGAGCAUCCAGAUUAUUAAAGACCUCCAUCACCCCAGACAUGAACUGUUCUCCUGCUGCCGUCUGGCUGACGGUACCGCAGCAUCCGGGCCGGCAGCACCAGCUCAGAGACAGUUUCAUCCCCCAGAUAAAAUAGAGCAGCAAACAUAUUCUAAUGAUGCUAGAGCAACAGAUAGAAAACACAUCGGCAGGGACUCGGAAUGUUACGAUGGAUUUCAUUUAGAGAAGUAGCGACGGCUAAAAGAUGAGCGGCUUUCGCUGUGUUUGUUUUUCUUUUUCGACACGACCCUGUUUGAUGUUAAUACUGUUAUUAUUUUUUAUUAUUACUAGUGAGUGCAGGAGUGAAAUGACAGUAUUUGUUUCACAUGUCUGAGGAAACGUUGUUUAUUUGACCUGCAGAAUCUUUUCCAGUAAACUGUUCAACUCUAACGCUCUGGUCUGUUUCCCUGUCGGUUUGAGAGGCUCUAAGUUUUAUUUUGAACGUCACUAUUCUUUUGAACUUUGGGUUAUAAUUCACAAAACCCUUUAUAAACUUUUCUUUCUGAAAUAAAGUUGAAGCUCUUUCCUCCAGACGAGGUGAGCACAUGAGUGAUGGACUUUUCUUUCUGGUUCAGCUCAUUUGUUCAUGGUGUGUUGAUCGACUGUUCUGAUUGGAUGUUCCUUAGUGUUUUGUUUUUUUAUGAAUCUACUUCCUGUGUUGAGCGGGAGCUGCUGUUUAAAGACGUGUUUGACCUUUGACCUGAGCUGACCCGACAGUUCACUGUGAUGAAGAGGAUGAAGAUGUGUAGUAUGUGUUGAACGUUGUCGUCCACUCAGAGGAUCAAUAAAGAUUAUAACUGAU